AUGGUGCUCUCGCUACCCGUCCCCGGCUUCUCCAGAUCGUCCGCAACUCCCCGCCUCGCUGACGGCACGCCGCAAUACCGAAACUCUGCGCGCGCCAACGGCACCAGCCGUGCGUGGAGACCCUCCUUUUCAACUGCAUCCCCGGGGAGUUACUCCGGUACCCUCACCGAAGCCCUUCGCAAUAAUCCUUUCGGCCACACGCGGCGCGCCAGCCAGCCCGUCCCCACGGAAGAACAGCAGCAAGAACAAGAUGAGCUGAAUGCGGCUUUGGAAACCUUGGCCCACAUAUUCCCUGAUGUCCGGAUAGAGGUGUUUCGCGAGUUAUUAGUGCGCUUUGAUGGACUGAGCAGGACACAGAUCUGCGUGGAAGAGCUGCUCAGGAACAAAGAGAAGUGGGUGUCGGGACGAUGGAACCUUCAAGAGGAUAGCGAAACUGCAGAGGAGAUGUCAUCCUCGGAAGCUCUUGCGCAACCCCACGAGGACGACUUGGUCUCCUCUCACGAACGCUUCCGCUCCCUCGAGUACAAGGCGGCUGUGCGAACGGCCAUGACCAAAGAGUUCAACGGCCUUAGCAACAGUACGAUUGAAGCUGUCUUGGCUGAAGUGAAUUUCAGUUACGCUCGGGCACGGCCGACACUCCGCGAUCUCUCGCGUCGGACUUGGCGCGCCACUUUCACCAGCAUACUCCCGUCUUUCAGGAGGAAGAAGGACCGGGAAGAACAUCCGCUUAUGGUGUGGCAUCGAAAUGAAGAAGGAGAACUUCUUCCUGCUCUGAAAGAAACUGGAUGCCUUGAGCUGGAUGCCGAGCUCCACGAGACGAUGGUGGCGCCACUGUUACGAAAGAGGCGGGAAGAACAAGAAAGCCAGGACUUUACAUAUGCUUCUGACCUGAACGAGAAAGAGGCACAGGCUGUCGAUGCCUUGUAUGAAUGCGAGUGUUGCUUCGCAGAUGUGACUUUCGAGCAGAUUGCGACCUGUUCGAGCAACACUCACAUCAUCUGCUAUCAUUGCAUACAGCGGACUGUCUCGGAAGCAUUGUUUGGCCAAGGCUGGGGCAAAUCAGUGGACCUGGAACGGUCUUCAUUGAAAUGUCUCGCGCCGGUGUCUGUUGGGUCAUGCGAAGGAUGUCUUCAUCCGGAGAUUGUCAAGCAGGCAAUCCUCCUCGAUACAGCUGGGUUUGAAACAUAUCGCAAAUUCGAAGAUCGCCUAUCUUCAGAGGCUCUUAUGAAAUCCCAACUGAAGCUCAUUCGGUGUCCGUUCUGUUCCUACGCGGAGAUCGAUCCAGUCUAUCAUCCCUCUCGCCGUGGCGUUUGCUGGCGUUUUCGCCGCGACGCCGGCAUUGUCCCUACUAUUCUAAUGAUCCUCUUCAUCCUUGAUCUUGUCCCAUUACUCGUGAUUCCAGUCUUGAUUCUUCUAAUCCUGGACCCAGCCACCGUGACAGCGAUCUUUAGCAAUGCAAUCCGCAACCUCUGUCUCAAGAUCCGUCCCAAAAGAUUCAAGUGUGUCCAUCCGUCUUGUCUCCGCACAAGCUGUAUGACAUGCCAGAAGCCUUGGCGAGAUCCGCACGUUUGUCACGAACCCUUGCUUCUGGACCUUCGCGCCACUGUUGAGGCAGCCCGCACAGCCGCGGUGAAACGCACAUGUCCACGUUGCAGUCUCUCGUUUGUCAAAUCAUCCGGCUGCAACAAGCUGACCUGCGUCUGCGGCUAUUCCAUGUGCUAUCUAUGCCGCAAGGCACUAGGGCCGCCCAUACAACCGCCAGCCCGUCCUCGGUACAAUGUCCACGAUGGCGCAGGGGACCAAGAAGAUCCCAUCGAGGGCGCAGACUUCUUCCACGACGAGUUCGAAGAACCAGAAGGCUACAAGCAUUUCUGCGAGCACUUCCGCAUCAAUCCAGGUUCCCGAUGUACUGAAUGUACCAAAUGCAAUUUGUAUCAAGCCGAAGACGAGGAAGCUGUCGCGCGACGUGCAGGAGAAAAAGCGGAGCGCGACUGGCGGAUUCGUCACGGUGAUGUCGGCACUACCAACCCGAUCUCGGUUGCCUCCCGGAAUAUCAACCAAGAUCUUGCAGCCGGAGGCGAGAAUCCCAAACGCCGUCCCCCGGUGCUCCACUGGGAUAUGCAACUUAUUACGGGGAAACCGUGGGCCUACUGGCUGGGAGAUGUGUGGUCAGAUGGUCGGUGGAAACUGGAAGGUCAAGCUCUUGCCGAUUGGAUUGUGGAACGGAUUGUUGUCGUCCAAGACGAAUGA